CCAUGGGGGUGGAUGGCAUGUAUGAGAAGAACAGAAUGCUGAAUAUACAAAACAGCACAUGGAGUAGUCGUCAGGAGUGGUACCAAGACAGUUUGGUGACAGGACAACUCAAUCCUGACAGUUGUCAGCAGCUGGAAAGUAGCUUGGAUUCUGAGCACCCCCAAGGUGGUGGCAACCAAGACCUAGAUGACUCCCAAAUCCAUUUGCAGCUGAAGCGCAAAUUGCAAAGAAACAGAACUUCUUUUACACAGGAGCAAAUAGAGGCAUUGGAAAAAGAAUUUGAGCGCACUCACUACCCUGAUGUCUUUGCCCGUGAACGCUUGGCUGCAAAAAUUGAUCUUCCCGAAGCCCGGAUCCAGGUCUGGUUCUCCAACCGUCGAGCUAAAUGGCGUCGGGAAGAGAAACUGCGGAACCAGAGGCGCCAAGCAGGUGGCUCUGGGGGGCACCUGAUCGUAAACAGCACUUUUGGCACUGUAAGCAGUGCUAUCUACCAGUCACUGCCCCAGCCCAUAGGGUCAGGUGCUAUGCUGGGCCACACAGAAAGUGUCCUCAGCAACAACUAUGGUUCUCUCCCACCUUUAGGUCCCUUUUCCAUGGCCAACAACAACUUCCCUAUCCAGCAGGCAGUGCCCCCUGUUGCCAGCCAGACAUCAUCUUAUUCCUGCAUGCUCCCUGGCAGCCCAUCAGUGCGAAGUUAUGAUUCAUACACACCGUCCCAGCUCUCCUCCCACAGUCUGAACUCCAGCAGUGGGACCUCUACUGGGUUGAUCUCUCCAGGAGUGUCAGUUCCUGUAAAAGUCCCAGGUGGGGAUUCUGAUCUUGCCCAGUAUUGGCCGCGACUGCAAUGAGCACAAAAGUGGUGGAGGAAAAAAAGCAAACGAGCAAAAAGGAAGGAAGGUUAAUGGAGAGAAAAGGGCUUUUCCUUUGCAUGGGGAAAUACAGGAAUGGUGAAAAACUCUCAGGGAGGGGAUAGCACACAGGGAGAGCUUCCCUGCCCUUCCCUCUUUCUGUCUUUAAGUUAGGCAACCUCGUCUGCCUUGGUUCUAAUGCAGAGUAUUUCAACCUUGGCAACUUUAAGAACUGUGGAGUUCAGCUCGCAGAAUUGCCCAGCCAGCAUGGGGAAUUCUGGGAGUUGAGCUCCACACUUCUAGAAGUUGCCAAGCUCGAAGAACGCUGCUCUAAAGCGUCUCUUGCCUUCUUCAACAUCUGUGUGUGCAUCUACAGCUGCUCUUUUGCCUUCUUUGUUCGGCUGGCAUUCUAUCCCACGUGCCCCCUCUUCUUAUUUGGCUCCAAUGAUAUCUGCAAGGUCUGGUCAAAGAAAUCAAGAUGGAGGCCAAGCUUCAAUCAUGCUGCUGCAUACUCCAUCUUGACUUUUUGUAAACCAGACCUUGCAGACACCCUGUUUGCCUCCCAGUGAGAACAGUGAGAAUCAGAACAGCAACAACAACAAAAAGUCAGGAAGAAAAGGAAAGAGAACAUUUUUGUGGGGAAUCUAACAUAAAGGAUUUUGGGAGGAAGGCAGAGGGGCAGAGAGCUAAGGCCCCUUGCAGGAAUAGCUGCAAAUAGUAGGAAAUGAAUAAUGAAUAAAAGAAAGUGGGUACAAUAUAAAACCUUGGACAGUAAUGCUUAGCAAAAGCUUGAAAAGGUGGCAAUGAUAUUCCUUCAUUCAUUUACUUCCUUAAUAUUUAUUUAUCUGACUUCUGAUUCACACCUUUCAUAUGGGAAUCACAGGAUGGGAUGAAUGCAGUGGGAAGCACAAGAAAGUAUGCACCAAUCCUCUUUUGACCCAUUGCAAAAAUCUUCAGGAAAGCAUAGCAUUCCUACUUUGGGCAAGUUUUGCAAAGGAUUGUGGGGAUUAAAAACCCUCCUGUAGCACUGUGAGAAAAUUAAGUGGUGCAAAGGUUACUAUUGUUACUUCAUGUGUGAUAUUCAGUGUUUUUUGUUUUUUUUUUACAAAAUUUCCCUUUAACCUAUUCUCCAUAACCUAGUUUCUGCUAUCUCCCCUGCCCCACAUAUUUUUCCUCUUCUGCAUGCAAUUCAUUUAGUUGAAUUUUACAUGGGUCUCAGAGGUUGGGAUAUCUCCCCUCCCUCUAACCACUUACACAAACACACAUACUACUUGUAAGUUCAAACUGUUUUGUGUGUGUUAACAAAGGGCCUGUGUACAUAAUACUCAAUGUGUAUGUGUUGUAUGUUCACAUGUAUGCAUGCACAUGUGAACAAUACAGUCACAUUAUCCCAAUUCUAAGCAACAUGGUUGAACUGGGGUAAUGAGGUAGAGUGGGAAAGAUAAGAGGAUAAACUAGAGGGAGAUAGAAUGUGUUAUUACAAAGCAAAAAUGUAGUAAACAUCUAUUAAAGCUGUGUAAACAAAGGAAAACUCAAUGUUAACUUUUCUGCAAGUGCAUUCAGUUUGAUCUUAGCAGUGGAUGUUGUGGUGGAGAUUUUAAAACCUGUCCGUUAUAAGUUAGUGUUAAAGCUGUCUCUUGCUCUUUCAGCUUUUUUCAGUGCCUCGUGUAUCAGUUUAUCAAGAAUGCUUUCUAUUGUAUUACCUUUUGCUCAGCAAACAUCUCCCACCUUGGUCUGUCUUGCUUUUAGUAAAGCCUGUGGUUUGGGGUGCUGAUCAACAGAGAGAGCUGUGUGUCUUUGGGCUCUAAACCACAUGAAGAUUGUUGUUGAUUCAAGACACAGUA